AUGAUACAGAGAGCCAUGGGCAGCAUCCGAGUCAACCGGUACAGCAUCGUCUCGACCGAAGAGGAUGGACACAAAGUCUCUGCACUGGGCAGCAUGAACGGACACAGCCGGAAUGGGAAGGGCCAUGCCCCCCGGCGGAAGCACCGCAACCGCUUUGUGAAGAAGAACGGCCAGUGCAACGUCUACUUUGCCAACCUGAGCAACAAGUCUCAGCGCUACAUGGCCGACAUCUUCACCACCUGUGUGGACACGCGCUGGCGGUACAUGCUUAUGAUCUUCUCCGCCGCCUUCCUGGUCUCCUGGCUCUUCUUCGGCUUCCUCUUCUGGUGCAUCGCUUUCUUCCACGGCGACCUCAAUGCACCGGCAGUGGGAGGCGGUCCCUCUCUCUUCAAGCCUUGCAUCAUGCAUGUGAACAGCUUCCUAGGGGCUUUUCUUUUCUCAGUGGAGACUGGGUAUGGCUUCCGCUGCGUGACUGAGGAGUGCCCACUGGCCAUUAUGGCAGUUGUGGUCCAGUCCAUCGUGGGCUGCGUUAUUGACUCCUUCAUGAUUGGCACCAUUAUGGCCAAGAUGGCGAGGCCCAAGAAGCGGGCCCAAACACUCCUCUUCAGUCACCAUGCGGUCAUCUCUGUGCGAGAUGGCAAACUGUGCCUUAUGUGGCGAGUGGGUAACCUGAGGAGGAGCCACAUUGUGGAGGCCCAUGUCCGAGCCCAGCUCAUCAAACCCUACAUGACAGAGGAAGGGGAAUACCUCCCCCUGGACCAGCGGGACCUCAAUGUGGGCUAUGAUGUGGGCCUCGAUCGUAUAUUUUUGGUCUCACCCAUUAUCAUCGUUCAUGAGAUUGAUGAGGAGAGCCCGCUCUAUGGGAUUGGCAAGGAAGAGCUGGAGACAGAGAACUUUGAGAUUGUUGUUAUCCUGGAGGGGAUGGUGGAAGCCACAGCCAUGACCACACAGGCACGAAGCUCUUACCUCGCUAGUGAAAUCCUUUGGGGUCACCGUUUUGAACCAGUUGUGUUUGAGGAGAAGAACCACUACAAAGUGGAUUAUUCGCGCUUUCACAAGACCUACGAGGUAGCUGGCACGCCUUGCUGCUCAGCCCGGGAGCUGCAAGAAAGCAAGAUGACUAUCCUACCUUCUCCCCCACCUCCCAGUGCCUUCUGCUACGAGAACGAGCUGGCUCUUGUCAGUCAAGACGAAGAUGAAGACGAUGACGAAGUGGGUGUGGUGUUAGGAGGCAGUACUAAAGAAGAGGGAGGUGUCAUCCAGAUGAUGGAUUUUGGAAGCCACCUGGACCUGGAGCGGCUCCAGGCAACUCUGCCCCUAGAUACAAUGUCAUACCGCAGGGAAUCUGCCAUCUAACUCCUCCAGCCUCCCCAUUCCACACCCGUCACCCACCAUCUCCUCCUCCAUUCUGCACCCGUACGUAGCUGGAUAAGUCCCUUGUCCACCAAAAAAUGCCUCCCGUGACUGCCUCUCAGACCUUUAGUACAUCAAGCCCUGGAGCUGCUCUGAUAUAUUCCCUUUCCCAUGGAGUCAUAAUGCCUGGAAGAGGAGUGAGGAUACACUACUCUUCCAGUGCGUGCAGCUUGUGCUAGGAUCCCUUUCCCGCCCAGAGACAGGACAGCAGCACACCCGUUUUCUCAUCUCUGGAGAGGUGACAGGAGUCUGUGCCCUCAAGGACAGACCAGGACCUGCAGCAAGUGUUUCUGCUGCUGAGGAAACAGCAGACUUUCUGUUUCAUCUCGAUGUGGGUAAGCCCCAUGGCUGUCAAGAGUCAUGACUAUCACUAGGGGAGGAGCGGUAUCUAACCACUGACC